ACAAUGUCUCCUGCCUUCAAACUUCAGUGUCACUUCAUCCUGAUCUUUCUGGGAGCUCUUCGGGGAGAGACCAGAUACCUGGAGCUGCGGGAGGUUGCCGAAGCCGACCCUUUCUUUCUCUUCAACACCGACCUGAAGCGGGAGCUGUCUGAGGAACAGCUCUAUCAUCGCUCGCUGAGAUGCAUAGACAUGCUGAGCAUUGAGGGCCAAUUCACCUUCACGGCUGAGCAGCCCCAGUUGCAAUGCGCCGCCUUCUUCAUCGGGGAACCAGAGGAGAUCAUCUCCAUCCAAUAUGACCUGGUCAGCGUUGAUUGCCAAGGUGGAGACUUUCUGAAGGUGUUUGAUGGUUGGAUUCUUAAAGGGGAGAAAUUUCCCAGUUCCCAGGAUCAUCCUCUUCCUAUGUCUGACCGGUACAUAGAUUUUUGUGAAAGUGGAAAUAUCAGAACUUUUAGCUCAUCACAGAAUGUGGCUAUGAUCUUCUUCCGGAUUCAUGAACCAGGCAACGGAUUUACAAUAACCAUUAAGAAAAACCCUAACCUCUUUCCUUGCAAUGUCAUCUCUCAGACCCCCAAUGGAAGAUUUACCAUGGUUAUUCCUCAUCAGCACAGAAACUGCAGUUUCUCGAUCAUUUAUCCAGUGGUUAUAAAAAUAUCAGAUCUCAUAUUGGGCCACUUAAAUGGCCUUCAGUUAAAGAAACCUUCAGUAGGUUGUGGGGGAAUAGGAGAUUUUGUGGAGCUACUAGGAGGAACUGGAUUGGACCCUUCCAAGAUGAUGCCUUUUGCUGAUCUAUGUUAUCCUUUUCAUGGUCCUGCCCAGCUGACAAUUGGCUGUGACAACACUGUAGUGCGUAUGGUCUCCAGUGGGAAACACGUCAAUCGUGUGACAUUUGAGUAUCAUCAGCUUGAGCCCUAUGACCUGGAAAGUCCCAGUGGAAACAGCAUUAAGGAAUACUGCUUCCCUAGCAUCUGA